CAGCAUUGACCUCCCAAGAUGGCAGCGGUACGAGCUGUAGGUGUUCUGUCCAGAUUUACAGUGAAGGGAAGAUAUUCGCUUAUUUCAGGUUUCUCUUCAAGAAGAAGCUUUGGUGUUGCCUCCUGCCUAAUGGCUCGUAAAUAUGUAAAUUAUGAGGUCAAGGAGGACGUGGCUGUUGUUCGCAUUAAUGACCCAAAUUCAAAGGUAAACACCCUGUCAGUGCCAAUGCAGAAGGAGAUGAUAGAGGUUAUAGAUGAGAUUUGGGCCAACGAUGCAAUCAGAAGUGCUGUGAUGAUCUCCUCAAAGCCUGGCUGCUUUAUUGCAGGAGCCGACAUAAACAUGAUCCAGGCAUGCAAGAGUGCAGAAGAAGUAAGCAGACUCUCUCAGGAGGGACAGAAGAUGUUCGAGAGGAUUGAGAAGUCUCCAAAACCUAUUGUUGCUGCCAUCAAUGGAUCCUGCCUCGGUGGAGGACUUGAGUUUGCCAUCGCUUGCCAGUACAGAGUGGCCACAAAGAGUAAAAAGACAGUUCUGGGCACUCCUGAAGUCAUGCUUGGUCUUCUGCCUGGUGCUGGAGGAACACAAAGGCUACCUAAAAUGGUUGGUAUGCCCAGUGCCUUUGAUAUGAUGCUAACAGGAAGGAAUAUCCGUGCAGAUAAAGCCAAGAAAAUGGGGAUAGUUCACCAACUGGUUGACCCACUUGGACCUGGCGUGACAGACCCUGAGAAAAGGACCAUUGAAUACUUGGAAGAGGUUGCUGUGGACUUUGCCCGAGGAAUUGCCGACAAGAAAAUUAAACUCACCAAAGAAAAGGGUUUAAUGCAAAAAGUACAAGACUACGUCAUGAGCUUUGGGUUUGUGCGAAAUCAGAUCUACAACACUGUACAGAACAAAGUUAUGAAGCAAACAAAAGGGCUGUAUCCUGCACCCAUGAAAAUCAUCGAGUGUGUGAAGUCUGGAGUGGAGCAGGGUUCAGAUGCGGGAUACCUAGCAGAGUCCCAGAAUUUUGGUAAAUUGGCAAUGACCUCUGAAUCUAAAGCACUUAUUGGACUUUACCACGGUCAAGUUACUUGCAAAAAGAACCGAUUUGGAGUUCCAGAAAAGGAUGUUCAAACACUGGCUAUCUUAGGAGCAGGACUAAUGGGUGCUGGAAUCGCCCAGGUUACAGUGGAUAAGGGAGUUGACACUAUUCUUAAAGACACUACUGUGGACGGCAUGAACCGAGGACAGCAGCAAGUUUACAAAGGAUUAAAUGACAAGACCAAGAAGAGGAGCAUUACCACAUUUGAAAGGGACAGCAUACUGUCCAACCUCACAGGACAGCUGGACUACAGUGGCUUUCAAAAGGCAGACAUGGUGAUUGAAGCUGUAUUUGAGGAUAUCAACAUUAAACACAAAGUCCUGAAAGAAGUCGAAGCUGUUGUCUCUCCCCACUGUAUAUUUGCGUCCAACACGUCAGCCCUCCCCAUCAAAGACAUUGCAGCUGCCAGUAAACGACCAGAGAAGGUUAUUGGAAUGCACUAUUUUUCUCCAGUGGACAAAAUGCAGCUUUUGGAGAUCAUUACCACAGAUAAAACCUCUAAAGACACGACCGCAUCUGCCGUGGCACUGGGCCUGAAACAGGGCAAAGUCAUCAUUGUUGUUGGGGAUGGACCUGGAUUUUAUACCACCAGGUGUUUAGCUCCUAUGUUAGCUGAAGCAGUCAGAGUACUCCAGGAAGGUGUGGACCCCAAGAAACUGGAUUCUUUGACUACAGGCUUUGGCUUCCCAGUGGGUGCUGCUACCCUGGCUGAUGAAGUGGGAAUUGAUGUUGCUGCUCAUGUCGCCGAGGACCUGGGCAAAGCUUUCGGCUCUAGGUUUGGUGGAGGAAAUCCUGAACUUCUGAAAACAAUGGUGGAGAAGGGAUUCAAAGGCCGUAAAUCUGGUAAAGGAUGCUACCUCUACCAGCCCGGAGUCAAACGCAGAGAGGUCAACCCAGAAAUUGGGGAGAUUUUGAAGCGCUUUAAGAUGACGCCAAACCCUGCAGUGUCAUCAGACUCUGAUGUGCAGUACAGACUGGUGUCUCGCUUUGUGAACGAAGCUGUGAUGUGCCUACAAGAGGGAAUUCUCGCCAACCCAGUGGAGGGUGAUAUUGGAGCAGUGUUUGGACUAGGUUUCCCCCCUUGCCUUGGAGGUCCCUUCCGCUUUGUGGACAGCUUCGGUGCAGAUAAAUUAGUAGAGAAGAUGAGGAGGUUCGAGGAAGUGUACGGAAACCAGUUUACUCCAUGCACACUUUUGCUCGAACAUGCCAAGGAUCCCAGCAAGAAAUUUCACAAAUGACUUUAUUAACAUGUGCCAUUAAUAUUUAGUAUCAACAAAAUGCUGUCAGAUGGAGAACUGACUUCGUGCACUUAGAGAAGUAAGAAUGUGUUCAUUGUAUCAAAGGAAUCUUUUUGUUAAUAAAACUAAAUGAAAUCAGUGGUAGUUACCAUGACUUAUUAAAGUAACAUUUGUAUUCAAUUACAUGUUUAUGUUUGGGUAGUUUUAAUGAAAUGAAUAUGUUUGGUAACUUGGGGGUUUCCUAAUGGCUGUAAAUGAGUACAGGAUAAAUGUUAGUACAUUUUAUGACUUGUCAAUCAUGUAAGUCCUCUACAUUCAAAUGUUCUUAUUUGGUGAGGCAACAGCACUUACUAGAACUCUCUGAUGAGAUAAACAAUGCAAUGAAAACAGUAAAUAAAAUCAAAUGCCUUAAA